AUGAAAAAACUCCUUCUUCGUCAUCCUCGUGUUGGCUCUUCUUCACUUUUAUUUUCAAACAUUCAUCAUCAUCAUGAAGCGCUGGUAGUAACACAAAGAAGAACUUUGUUCUCAUCAUCCUUGAUGGAAAAUACGAAAAAUAGAGGAUUCGUUUCAACAACAUGUUAUUCGGGUUCCAUCACGAACAACACAAGCCUCUUCUCCUUGUUGAGUUUAACUAUGAAUGAAACAAGGCAUCGUGGUAUGAAAAGAAGAGGUUACCACACAUCCCGAAGUCUUUGUGAGCCUCAAUCUGAACCACAAGCCACUCAAGGUGUGGACCUCUUGCUUUCAGAAUCAGGUGAAGAUAAUGUGCUGCCUAGUGGCUCAUCGGGAGAAGGAUCAGAAUCAUUUGAACAAAUGGCUGAAAUUACUCUUGCUACAUAUAUGCAACGAAACAGACAUUAUCGCAAGUUCACUGAAGAAGAAGUACAACAAAUGAAACGCAAUUUACCAAAUUUAAUGAGUCCUCCUUCCAUAAUUUCAGAAUUUCCAUUUGAACUGGCAAGAAAAUCUAGUACACAACCAGCUUCUCCAUCAAACAAAUCUACAGUUUCUCCAAUCAACACGGAAGAGUAUUUUGCAGUGCUUGACAAGAUUUACGCAAGAGUGGAACAAAGAGGAGUUUCAGUUUCAAAGAUUUGCGUGUGUGUGAGUGGAGGAGGAGACUCUAUGGGAACAGCAAUUCUGGUUUCCAAAUGGCGUGACCACAUGAAACAAAAGAGAGGUAUUGAUUUAGAGUUGGUUGCCAUUACUGUGGAUCAUCAAAUUAGACCUGAAUCUGAACAUGAAAUGCUCUACGUUCAUGAAAUACUCAGCACCCAGCUUAAAUACAACCAUGUUACAUGUGCCAAGGUGAUUUGGUCCAUGGACCAAAAGAAGCAACAACGAUACGCCAGAAUGAAGCGUCAAUUAAUUGUCAGUUCAGAAUGCGUCUCUCAAAAAAUUGAUCUUGUCAUUACUGGACAUCACAAGCAAGAUAACAUUGAAACAAUAAUUCACAGAAUAGCUUUUGCAAGUGGUAUUUCCGGACUUAAUGGUAUUCCACUCAUUCAUGCUUACCGUGUUGCUGAGGCCAACAUUGUGAUAACAAGACCUGGAUUGGUAUUUGAUGCACAAGAGUUGAAAGCUGUGUGCAUGCAACACAACAUUAAAUGGGUUGAAGAUCCAAAGAAUAGCGCAGAAUCAGAAUUCAGAGCUAUCAUUAGAUCAAGAUUGGGAGCCUUGUACAGCUCUGGAAUCGCUCCAAGCAAUUUCUAUAACUUGUUGCUCACUGUUGGAACAAUACGUCAUAUUAUGGCUCGUGAAACGCUCAACUUUUUCAAUCGCUAUGUCAGAUUUGAUGACGAGUUUGGAUUUGCAGGAAUUUAUUUCUACAGUUUAGAGAAGACUGCAGAAUUUAUAGCAUUGAACGCUCUUAAUUCUCUUAUUCAAUAUGUCACCAAUAAGGACUUGCCUAUUUCUCUAAACUCGUUGAAGAAUGUCGUUCGGUCAUUGCCCAGCACAAAACGAUCCCUUGGUGGUACCUUGCUUGUUCCUGACAAGAAGGUCCUGUAUGUGAUUCGAGAUACAGGCUUUUUGAGAAGAAAAAAGAAGCAUGUACCCAUUCAUUUCCAUGAUAAUGGAGUCAUUUGGGACAAUAGAUUCUUUAUUCAAUUAUUCCAAUAUAACAAGAUGAACACGUCUGAGAAAAAUAUAACCUACUCAAAGAAACUGACAUUAGAAAAACAACCUGAAUAUGACAAUGUAUUUAUUCCAAACUUUGAUGGAAAAGUUGACACUGAUCCACGUGCAGAGUUGAGGAUUAGACCGUUCACUGAAGCCGAUCAUAAAUAUUUCUUGGAACAUUAUCCACUCAUGAUGAGAGCUGCCAAACAAUUCCCUGAUUACCUGACUCGAAGCUUCCCAGUGAUUGAAGAUGAUAAGGGAAUUCUUGCAAUCCCAUUUUUAGGAUGGAAGAGGUGUGUGAAUAUCUAUUGGCUGAUCAAAUUCCUUCCAUCGCAUAGCAAAUUCUUGAUGGGAGAGGUUGAUAGUUUGUACGAUUUUGUCAAGUUGUUUUCUUCCAAAAAGUAA